CUCCAAACAUACAACGAAACGUGCGUACUCUAACUCCGAACUCCUAAAGGGACCUUCGAAUAUAACCAUUUGGUUUUGCUGUCAACAUGAGUCGAAAGAGAGACAAACCCUACUUCUCCCGUCACGGCCCCGCUUCCAUCUCUAAAAGGCGUCGUCCUCUGCCACCUUAUCCACUGCCGCCAACUGAGGAUGACGACAAGCCUACGCCGCCACCGGCUGUGGUUGUCAUGGGUCUUCCCCCAAAUUGCUCGGUGCUCGAUUUGAAGUCGAGGUUUGAGAUCUAUGGCUCAUCCCGCAUCCGCAUUAACCGUGAUGCUGUUGGCUACAUAGCGUAUCGCUCUAAGGAAUCCGCCGAGUCUGCCAUUGCCGCUUCCCUUGAUUCCUCUUUCGGCGUUACCGUUGAUUCCAAAAAGGUUCAAGUUUUGUGGGCAACUGACCCUUUAGCGAAAUGGAGAGAAGGGGUAGGGGUAGGGGUCGGCGCUAGUAAGGGUAAUGGGUCAUCCUCGUCAUCAAAGCUUUUGCGGCCUGAGGUGCCUUUGAGCAGGCAUGGAAGAGGCAAUAAGCUUGCAUCAGCUAUAGUUAACCGGCAGCUCAGAAGUAGUGAUGAUGGUUCUUCAAUGUUAGAAGUGCCUUUUAAAGGAGAGCUUGCCUACGAUGAUAUUCUAUAAUGCAGGACUAGGGUUUUUGGGAUCUGUCCAUCUUUGUAACCAUAGUGCAAGUUUAGUCUUAGCUCCUUUUUUUCUACUCUAAUUUCUAGAAUGUAAUGCGUUGUGUAUGGUGGAAGUUGUUUUAGUGUCUUGGAAGUUGGAGGAAUGAGUGAAAGUUGUGGGGUAUGUUUUGGGUUUAUGGUUACCAAUGAUGCUUAUAUAGUGCCAAUGAAUGCAACGUUACCAUUUUUGUAUA